AUGCUGCGCUACCUGCUCAAAACACUGCUGCAGAUGAACUUGUUCGCGGACUCCCUGGCGGGGGACAUUUCCAACUCCAGUGACCUGCUCUUCGGCUUCAACUCCUCGGUAGCGGCGCUCAACCACAGCCUGCUGCCCCCCGGCGAUCCCUCUUUCAACGCGUCAAGGGUCGAGCCGGAGGACGCGAUGCCGCGCAUAGUGGAGCAGCCGCCUGAUCUGUUGGUCUCCAGAGGCGAGCCGGCCACUCUGCCCUGUCGCGCGGAGGGCCGGCCCAGGCCCAACAUCGAGUGGUACAAGAAUGGGGCGCGAGUGGCCACUGCGCGCGAGGACCCGCGCGCGCACCGCCUGCUGCUGCCCAGCGGGGCACUCUUCUUCCCGCGCAUCGUUCACGGGCGCCGCGCGCGGCCCGACGAAGGUGUCUACACUUGCGUGGCGCGCAACUACCUGGGGGCAGCGGCUAGUAGAAAUGCCUCGCUAGAAGUGGCAGUCCUCCGUGAUGAUUUCCGGCAGUCUCCUGGGAAUGUGGUGGUGGCAGUGGGGGAGCCAGCGGUAAUGGAAUGCGUGCCCCCCCGUGGCCACCCGGAGCCUUCCGUGUCUUGGAAGAAGGACAGUGCAAGACUCAAGGAGGAGGAGGGAAGGAUCACGAUUCGUGGAGGGAAGCUGAUGAUGUCACAUACACUCAAGAGUGAUGCAGGGAUGUAUGUGUGUGUGGCCUCCAACAUGGCAGGAGAACGGGAGAGUGGGGCAGCCGAACUUGUGGUCCUGGAGCGACCCUCAUUCCUGCGUAGACCUGUGAAUCAGGUGGUCCUGGCAGAUGCCCCCGUGGAUUUCCCAUGUGAGGUGCAAGGAGAUCCGCCACCUCGUCUAAGAUGGCGCAAGGAAGAUGGGGAACUACCCACAGGCAGGUAUGAGAUCCGGAGUGACCACAGCCUUUGGAUCGGGCGUGUGAGUGCGGACGAUGAGGGGACGUACACCUGUGUGGCUGAGAACAGCGUGGGCCGUGCCGAAGCAUCUGGCUCCCUCAGUGUUCACGUCCCUCCCCAGCUGGUCACCCAGCCCCAGGACCAGAUGGCAGCUCCUGGAGAGAGCGUGGCUUUCCAAUGCGAGACCAAAGGAAACCCCCCACCUGCCAUCUUCUGGCAGAAGGAGGGAAGUCAAGUCCUGCUUUUCCCCAGUCAGCCACUUCAGCCCAAGGGGCGCUUCUCAGUCUCUCCCAGAGGCCAGCUCAACAUUACUGAUGUGCAGAGUGGGGACGCUGGCUACUAUGUGUGUCAGGCUGUUAGUGUGGCCGGCAGCAUCCUGGCCAAGGCCCUGUUGGAGGUAAAAGCAGCCUCCUCCUUGGACGGGCUGCCUCCCAUCAUCCUCCAGGGACCAGCCAAUCAGACGCUGGCACUUGGCUCCUCUGUGUGGCUGCCAUGCAGAGUGACUGGGAACCCUCAACCUAGCAUCCAGUGGAAGAAGGACGGGCAGUGGCUGCAGGGGGACGACGUGCAACUCAAUCUAAUGGCCAACGGUACCCUGUACAUCGCCAGGGUGCAGGAGAUGGACAUGGGUUUCUACAGCUGUGUGGCCAAGAGUUCCACAGGGGAGGCCACAUGGAGUAGCUGGCUUAGGAGGCGGGAUUAUCGCCUCACUGCAGAGGACUGGGGAGUUUCAUCAGAGCCCCCUACGGAGCCCAGUACCCCUCCAGGGCCUCCCUCUCAGCCACUGGUCACUGAGAUCACCAAGAACAGCAUUACCCUGACCUGGAAGCCCAACCCGCAGGCGGGGGCCACAGUCACCUCUUACGUGAUAGAGGCCUUCAGCCAAGCAGCUGGCAACACGUGGCGGACAGUGGCAGAUGGCGUGCAGCUGGAGACACACACUGUCAGCGGUCUGCAGCCCAACACCAUCUAUCUGUUCCUGGUACGAGCUGUGGGAGCCUGGGGCCUCAGUGAGCCCAGCCCCGUCUCUGAGCCUGUCCGCACCCAGGACAGCAACCCAUCCAGGCCAGUGGAGGACCCAUGGAGAGGCCAGAGGGGACUGGCUGAAGUGGCCGUGCGUAUGCAGGAGCCCAUAGUCCUUGGGCCCCGGACCUUGCAGGUGUCCUGGACUGUAGAUGGCCCAGUCCAGCUGGUGCAAGGUUUCCGAGUGUCUUGGAAGGUAGCAGGCCCUGAUGGGGGACACUGGACAGUACUGGACCUACAGUCCCCAAGCCAGCAAAGUACUGUGCUAAGUGGACUCCCCCCAGGGACCCAAAUUCAGAUCAAGGUGCAAGCCCAAGGCCAAGAGGGGCUGGGGCCCGAAAGUCCCUUCAUGACCAGGAGCAUUCCUGAGGAGGCCCCCAGUGGUCCCCCCCAGGGAGUGACAGUAGCCCUGGGGGGUGAAGGCAACAGCAGUGUCACAGUGUCCUGGGAACCUCCACUCCCUUCCCAGCAAAAUGGGAUCAUCAAGGAAUACCAGAUAUGGUGCCUGGGCAAUGAGAGUCGCUUCCACCUCAACCGGUCUGCGGCAGGCUGGGCACGCUCCGCGGUGCUCCGGGGACUGCUGCCCGGUGUUCUCUACCGGACCCAGGUCGCGGCGGCCACCAGCGUGGGCGUGGGCGUGGCCAGUGCCCCGGUGUCAGUGCAACUGCCUCUGAGCAGAGGAUCCCCAAAGAAUAUCCUCUACCGUUCCCCUCUGGGACCUAGCCCAGCACUUUCUUCUGACAUUCUCAUCUGCCUCCUAUCUUGGUGUGUCCCCAUCCUACCCUCCUCAGGAGCCAGGGGAGGCAAAGCAAAGCUUCUGGGAAAACCUGUGCAGAUGCCCUCUCUCAACUGGCCAGAAGCCCUGCCACCACCUCCCCCUUCCUGUGAACUGAGCUGCCUCGAGGGGCCUGAGGAGGAGCUGGAGGGCGGCUCAGAGCCAGAAGAGUGGUGUCCACCAAUGCCUGAGAGGAGCCACCUGGCAGAGCCCAGCUCCAGUGGAGGGUGCUUGGUCCCUCCGUCCCAAGGGGAAGCCCCCUCUCCCACAUCUUCCUAUGGACAGCAGUCCACCGCCACUCUUACCCCCUCACCUCCUGACCCUCCCCAGCCCCCCACUGACAUCCCCCAUCUCCACCAGAUGCCCAGGAGGGUGCCCCUUGGUCCAAGUUCCCCUCUCAGUGUAUCCCAGCCCACUCUGAGUAGCCAUGAAGGGAGGCCUGCUGGCCUGGGUGCUGGACCCACAGCCUCCUAUCACCUCAGCCCCAGCCCUGUCCCGAGUACAGCCAGCAGUGCCCCAGGGAGAACCCGGCAGGUCCCUGGGGAGAUGACUCCUCCACUUCAAGCGCCCCGUGCCCGAAUCCGGAAACCCAAGGCUGUUCCCUACCGACGGGAGCACAGUCCUGGGGGUGAGGGUGCCAGGGGCCUGAGAGAUGGUGAAAGGAGGGGGAACAGGCAGGAAACCAAGGACUUGCCCCCGCCGCCCUUGCCGCCACCAGAGGAAGAGGCAAGCUGGGCCGUAGGGCUGAGGGCAGCAGGCAGCAUGUCCUCCUUGGAACGGGAACGGGAACGCAGUGGAGAGAGGAGAAUGGUGCAGGCCGGGCCCUUGGGGGCCCAGCGGGGUCCCCACCUGGAUGAAGAGGCCUGGCUCCCUUACAGCCGACCCAGCUUCCUGUCCCGGGGCCAGGGCACCAGCACCUGUUCCACAGCUGGCAGCAACUCCUCCAGAGGCUCCAGCAGCUCCCGAGGCUCCCGGGGCCCUGGACGGAGCCGGAGCCGGAGCCGGAGCCAAAGACCAGGACGGAAACGCGGAGAGGUGGGGGCUGGGGUAGGCAAACUAUGGGAGAUGAGAAGACGAGGAGGGGCGAGCCAAGGGAUGAUUGGAAACAGGAAAGGAGAGAAGGGCUUUCUGAGCAAGUGUCAAAAAGGAGGGGACCCAGUGGGAACCAAAAUGACCCUGGAUGAGGAUAUCAGGAGUUCCACGGGGAAGGGCUUGUCCCUGGGCCGGGAGCCUUGGAUGGGAGCCCCUCCCCCUGGUAAAUGGGUGUGA